GAGCAAAAUUGUGGAAUUUGAGAUGGAAUUUCACAGAAGGAGAAGGGAUUGACUGUCUACGGUAGUCGACGGUGACGGUAGUGUACCCAAAGAUGGGAUGAGAUGAGAUGAGAUUGUUGGUUGGGUGUCUGAGUGUCGGUGACGGUGUCAGUUCAGUUCAAGUCAGUUCAGUGUCGGUUUGUCGUUGGAAUAACGAACGAGGCGAGCCGACGCGCAAGGUGGGACGGGAUCCCCCCAUAAUUUCCUUCCAGGGGGUUUUCUUCUUGGCCAAUCACGGAGGAUGUUCAUCCCCGCGGUCAUUCACCGGCCAAUUAUCCAGAACUAACUGUAAAAGGAUGACGCCCCAUGUAACACUCCCUUUGACUCCCGCAAUUCACCACCAUUGACCACGUUGUAAUUAAAGUAAUUACUCCAAUCAGUUAGUCACCCUACCUACAUCUUUGUUCCGUCGUACAGCGUAUAAACCUCUUCUUAAGUAUUGAUUGCU